UCUGACGGCUGACUCUAACAGUCCAUGUAAAGUGGCUGAGCCGCCGGUCAGACAUAAGUCUAAUGAAAAACACAGGGAGCAAAUUUGAGGACUGCAAGACUCAAAAAAAAACAACAACAUUGCAUUAACUGUUUCCUUUACCCACGAAGUGGAUACACGGUGAAGUGAGACACGAUGGGCUGCAUUGAGUCCACGCUGAGUGAAGGUCUGAGCAGAGGUGUGGAGGGGAAGAGCGGGCAGCAGACUGUACAUGCCGACCCCAUGCACUAUGUCAGGGACCCCACCUCCAAUACGAAAAGUAAAAUAAAUAACUCCCUGCUGCCUGGUCAGGUGUUUCAAAAGAUGCAAGAGCAAAGCGGUUCUGGAAAAACUGUGAUCGCCCUUUACCCGUUUGAGGCCGUGCAUUCGGAAGAUCUAGAGUUCAAGAAAGGAGAGAAGAUGAAUGUCUUGGAGGAAUGUGGUGAGUGGUGGAGGGCAAAGUCACUGACAACCAACAAAGAAGGAUACAUCCCAUCCAAUUACGUUGCUGAAGCAGACACCAUGGAGACAAAGGAGUGGUUUUUCAAGGACAUCACAAGGAAGGAUGCCGAGAGACAACUGCUGGCUCCGGCAAACAAACCAGGCUCCUACCUGAUCAGGGAAAGUGAAACAUCAAAAGGAAGUUACUCGUUGUCCAUCAGAGACUUGGACGCACAGAAGACAGACUCAGUAAAACACUAUAAAAUAAGGACGCUGGACAAUGGCGGUUACUACAUUUCACCUAAGAUCUCAUUCCUUGACAUUGACAUCAUGAUCAAACACUACCACAAAAAAGCAGACGGCCUGUGUCGUAAACUGGAACAACCAUGCGUGAAACCCAAAGCGCAGAAACCUUGGCAUAAAGACGCGUGGGAGAUUUCCAAAGAGUCCAUUAAGAUGGUGAAGAAACUCGGGGCGGGGCAGUUUGGAGAAGUCUGGAUGGCGUACUACAACAACACAACCAGAGUCGCGGUGAAGACCCUGAAGUCAGGCACAAUGACGACUGAAGCUUUCCUGGAUGAAGCCAACGUCAUGAAGACGCUACACCACGACAGGCUGGUGCGACUUUACGCUGUCGUCACCAAGACGGCGCCCAUCUACAUCAUCACUGAAUAUAUGGAGAAAGGCAGCCUACUAGACUUCUUAAAGAGUAGUGAAGGCUGCCAACUGCAACUGCCCAAACUCAUCGAUUUCUCUGCACAGAUAGCAGAAGGCAUGGCAUACAUAGAGAAGAAGAAUUACAUCCACAGGGACCUGAGAGCAGCGAACGUCCUGGUGUCGGAGAGCCUGCUGUGUAAAAUAGCUGAUUUUGGCCUGGCCAGAGUCAUAGAGGACGACGAGUACACUGCCAGAGAGGGAGCUAAAUUCCCCAUCAAGUGGACUGCUCCUGAGGCCUUCAACUACGGCUCCUUCACCAUCAAGUCAGACAUGUGGUCCUUUGGAGUUUUGCUCUACGAGAUCAUCACCUUUGGAAAAAUUCCAUACCCAGGUAUGACCAAAGGUGAGGUGAUGACGUCAGUGCAGCGCGGCUACAGGAUGCCGCAACCUGACAACUGUCCCGCCGAGGUCUAUGACAUCAUGAUGAGCUGCUGGAAAAACAAACCCGAAGAUCGACCCACCUUCGAUUACAUGCAGAGCGUGCUGGGCGACUUCUACACGGCCACAGAGGAGCAGUACCAGCGACAGCCGUAGAGACAGAGAGACACUCACUCACUCACUCACUCACACAGAGACUCUGACAAACUAAUGUACUUCAGACGUGUGUAUUUAUUGAUUUAUUUCUAUACAGUAAUUAUCUGUAUUCACUUAAUCCCAGCCAGCAUGUCCAUGUGAGCCCCAUAAAGGUUAUAUUCAGGGCUGACAAUAUGGUUCCCAAGUGGGUUUUCCAUGGCCCAAACGCAUGCCCACUUAGCACCCUUUCCAGGCUACCUGGAACUAAGUGGGUACUAAGGAGGCAUAGGUUUGAAUUGGGCAAAUGAUGCAGGUUUUAUGGUUUCAGUAACAUUGUGUUUGCCCACAUAGGAAGCAUAGGAAACACAGGUGGAGCCACCAUGGAAACCACAGACAAACCCACUUGAGACCCAUAUUGUCACCCCAAAUAUAAACCUUUUGGGGCCUACCAUUGAGAACAUGCAUGCAGGUUCCUGUAUAUACUGAAAAGUGGCCACAUGAAUACUACAUUUAUUACAUUUAUUCAUUUUUUUGUACAGACAUAUGUAUAUAGAUU